AUGUCAGAAAUAAAAAAUGGUCAUAAUAAUCAGCACAACACACUUCCACGCACUGUGGUAAGGGAGGCUUGCAGCUGGAGUGACGAACGACCCUUAACAUUUUACUACUACGGCGAUAAAAAGAAGGCUCUCGCGGAAAUGGCCGGUCAAUACUUCUGGGGAGCAGGCGGCUGGAACGACUUGAUAAAAAAGGUUCCACCAGGAACCAACUGGCUUACCAGUUGCAGACCACAAAUGAUAAGAUGCAAAAAUCAAGAAGUUUUGCUUGUAUUAGGAUGGUGUCCCGUUCGAGAUGAAGUCACAGAUCUGGAUGCUAUACCUUCUGAGAGAUGCUUAACUGAGCAAAUUAUUAAUUUUAUUGAAGAGUACUACGGCAAAAAAGUUCUUUUCUUGGAUUUCUUUCCAGAUUGCCGCACCGGCCUUGACGAAACUGGCUGUACAGGUGGCACAAGUUAUGUCCAGGAAAAUAGCAUCCACUGCAUAGCUCUGAUGGUCACGAUAACUGUUGCUUUACGCGAAUAUACCGUUGAAAUAUCAAGCGUUUGGGGAUUUGGCAAGAUGUUCCAAGAAGAAAUCGACCAGGCUGUUUUCGAGCAAUUACCAUGGCUUGAAAACUUACCACGAAGUUAUUUACCGUGGCACAUUAGUAAAAUUUCGGACAGAAAUCUCGAGAAGAGCAAAGUAUUAACGACUACAAUGCUAGAGAGCCUGGCUAUUCACCUUGGGGGAGAUGUGCCGGAGAUUUAUACAGCACUGAAUACAUGGCUCAAAAAGGUGAACUCAGAUUUCGAACUCCCUGAUGAAAUCACACAAUCCUCUGUUACAGCUGAAAAGGUUGUUAGUCUUCUUCAGCCAUUUGCUCCACCCGGAUUGAUGUCGAUGCCAGAGAAAAAGAGAAAACAAAAGCGGACACGAGUAUCAGAAGCCAGAAAGAUGCAGAAAUCAUAUCCCCAUGGUAUACUACCACAGAAAUACUGGUCUCCAUUGCAGAAGGACAUGGAUGCCGCAGACGCUCUUUUACAGACCCAUGGACUCACAAUCAGUGCUCCUCUUGAGAAGCACAAGGCUGCCAAUUACAUACCGGGUUGGAAAAUUUGUUUAACUACUGCAGAGAAAAAGAGCAUAAAGGCCGGACUGGAUGCUGCUGCCAAUGAGAGGCGUUUUGCGCGUGCGUUGGUCAAUUUAAGGAGACUAAAAGAAGCACGGGCAAAACUAGAGACCGUUGGGGUAGCUUUGAUUUGUGAUUCUCUUACCCAGUUGAAAUAA